AUGGAUGUAAGUUUCUGGUUGCUGAUGACUCAGGGAACGAGAUUACAGAUCGCGACAAAUGGAAACGUGCAGCCAUUCCAAUUGUAUCAGUACCGGCGUUUUCUCUGGCAAGAACGGAUCCUCUGGUUCUUCGUGGGGAUUGGCGUCGGAUGUCUGGUUGCCGCUGGCUUUAUUUUAAUCAUGUAUUUACCUCCGUUUAUAAGUGUGGCUAGAUCUUGAAGUAAAGUUUUCAAACUCCAUGUCUAAACAAUGUCUCUUUCGCUUAUCGAUUAAAACAAAGCCCUCUGGCUGAUGUGGAAGCCCAAAACAAUUAUCCCGAAACCAAUAAUUAAGGUAGAUGCGUAUCUCAAGCAGAAGUAAUUGUGAUGAAUGCUCUUCUAGCCACUCCCUCGGUGUAAUGCCAACAGAUUUAACGGUGAUUCAGAUCGCCUCUUUCAAUUACCACCUGGUUAAAGAGCGCCUUACUUGGUGUGUCGUAGGAGGUCUGAUUACUGUGUUCAUUGUGUUGAGCUGCUUUAUUUCUAUGCAUUUACCGCCUUUCAAUCAUAUCAUUGCGUCGGCACAUGAGUAUCAGGGUAGUGAUGUGGAUGGAAGGGGAAACAAAAGUGCAAGGAACGCGGUGAGUUGAAUAAAAAGGGGUGCGUUGAACAGAUCUCCUGCAAAAAUUCCAUUUUGCAAUUUGCAGACUUCAUGGAUAAAUUGAUUUUUGUAGAGAGACCGUAGAAAAUGAGGAGAGACGCCUGGCAACGGAAAACUCUUGGGGCAAACAUUUCCUAAAAAGGGCAAACAACUUUCAAAAUUUUAUUAUUUUAAAUUAAUAUCAGAAACCUAGCUUCGUCUUUCUAUUACUGUACCAAUGCGAAAAAAAAGUGAUUUUAGCCAGCCCCAGUAAUCAACUAUCCCUUCGACGAUUACUUUACGGAUGCCGAGGGAAUCGCGGAUUGUCGGAUUCGGGAGAUCUUCAAUUUCGAGCACAAAUGUAAAUUGGGGCAUGGCUUAAAGGAUUUGAUUAAUCCAGAGAUCUCUACAAGUCCAGAGCAAUCCAAAUCCAUAUCCAUUCUGAAUAUUACACUUGAUGGAUCUUUCAAUUAA